CCUUUUCCAUCGUCUGCCGUAAAAAAUAUUUCUCUCUGAGUUUUACCCUUCUAUUUCAUUCAGAAGAUCUUAUGAUUACAGGAGGUUGGAUGUGGAUGAGAUAUCGUUUUUUGUGAUUUUCCGGUCGAUAAAAAAAGAAUUUUUUUUUUUAACGGAAUUUGAUUGGAAUACCGAUUUGAUCAGGUGUCCAGAAUGACAUCUGGGAAGGAAAAAGCUGCAAUGGUGAUGGAUGCAGAAUCCACAGUGGUACAAGACUACGAGGAAGAUGUACCAGACCGGGGACAUUGGACUGGGCGGUUUGAUUUUUUGUUGGCUUGCCUUGGAAAUGCUGUUGGAUUGGGAAAUGUUUGGAGAUUUCCAUACCUUUGUUAUAGGAAUGGGGGAGGUGCAUUCGUCUUAGCCUAUGUGAUAAUGGUAUUUUUAAUCGGUAUGCCAGUGUUUCUGUUGGAGUUAUCCAUGGGUCAGUACAGUGCUUUUGGACCUUCGAAAGUGUUCACUACAAUAUCUCCUGUGUUUAAAGGAGUGGGCUAUGCCAUGGUGAUCUCAUCAUCUCUAGUCGCUAUUUACUACAACAUGAUCAUUGGAUGGACCUUGUUUUAUUUUGUACAAUCUUUUCGAUCAGAUUUACAGUGGCAAUACUGCCAUCAUGAUUUCAACACUGACAGAUGCUUCAGUGAUGUUGCUUUCCAAGCUUGUAAGUCUGAUAACUCAAGUAACGUCUACAACUUCAGAACAUGUUACAAUGAAACAUAUGCUGCGCAACAAAAUCUGACAGAUCUUCCAGAAGAUCUGAGAAUUUCAGCACCAGAAGAAUACCUGAACAACUACAUGCUGGGUAAAUCAGAUAGUUUUGAAAACUAUGGAACAAUACGCUGGCCAUUGAUGUUGAGUCUCUUCGUGGCAUGGAUAAUUGUCGUACUCAGUCUUUUGAAGGGCAUUAAAACAUCGGGAAGGGUGGUGUAUUUUACAGCUACUUUUCCAUACGUCAUUCUGGUCAUCCUCUUUUUCCGUGGUGUAACAUUAGAAGGAGCAGCUGAUGGAAUAUAUUUUUACCUUGUUCCUGAUUUCCAAAAACUCCAAGAAAUAAGCGUGUGGCAGGAUGCAGCCAUACAAGUAUUUUAUUCUUUUGGGAUUGCCGGAGGUGGAAUGAUAACUUAUGCAAGCUACAACAAAUUUAACAAUAAUUUAAUAAAAGAUGUGAUCAUCAUCGGCAUGGGUGACAUGUUAACCAGCAUAUUCAGUGGAUUAGUCGUAUUUUCUAUGCUCGGAUUUAUGGCACUUCAAAUUCAAAAAUCAAUACACGCUGUCGUCAGUUCAGGUACGGGGUUAGCUUUUAUUGCAUAUCCCGAUGUUCUAGUACGCAUGCCUGGAGCAACUGUGUGGGCUAUUUUGUUCUUUUUCAUGUUGUUUUUACUCGGAAUAGACAGCCAAUUUGCAGCAGUUGAAACAAUUAUAACAUUUGUUUUUGACCAAUUUCCAAAAACAAGAACGAAAAAACCGUUUAUAGUAAUUGGUACCGCUCUAGUAUUAUUUUUACUUGGACUGCCUUUGACUACCAAUGGUGGCAUUUAUUUAUUAGAAGUUAUGGAUACCUACGCAGCUGGUUGGCCUUAUCUGGUCACAGGUCUCAUGGAGCUUUUUGUGAUAGCUUACGUUUAUGGUAUGAGCCGUUUCAUGAGAGACUUGAAAGAGAUGACGGGAUGGAAUCCCGGGUCUUGGGUCAGAAGUCACUUACUAGUCACAGUCAUGACCAUCAGUCCAAUAGUUAUAGGAGUUAUUUUACUGUUGAGCUGGAUCAACUUCCAGCCCCUUACAAUGGGAGAUUAUGUAUUUCCCAUGUGGGGCAAUGCCAUUGGGUGGACAAUGGCUCUCGUUCCCAUUUCAGCCAUUCCAAUUGGGGCAAUAUGGCAGAUGUGCACAAAGCAUAAGCAUUUAUCAGUCAUACAGCGUUUCAAAGUUCUGAUAAAACCAACGGAUGAAUGGAGGGCCAAUGCAAAAGCAAACAGUACUUCUCAGAUUGGGAAUGGUAACUUAACAGGUUAUGACAAUCCUGCACUGACUGAACCACCGCCAGUCUACUCACUCUCCCAUCUGUGAUUUCCUUCUCUUCCAAAUCAUCUACAGUUUGUCUAUAGAAAGAAUUCCCCUCACCACAAAGUCUAAGGCCGUCUGCUGCUAUGGUAUAGGGCAAUAGGGAAAAUUCUUUCUCCCCUGAUUCCCUUUCUCUCGUCGACUCAAGCCAAAAUGUGCCUUAAAUAAUGAAUGCCUUGAAAUAGUGUAACCUCGUAACCAUAGUCCCCGCCACUACUCCAGACGAAUGGUUAGGGGAGUUCUUCACAUAGACAAACAAUACUGAUUCACUCCUCAACGGAUGGUUUUGAGGAAACGCAAGCAUAGGAAGUGAAGUUCAUCAUUAUGUAUAUAAAUUAUUUUGUAUUAUAAGAAAUCUAUUUUUAAGAACACAGAUAUUUUUGCCAUAUAGUGAAAAAUGAAAGGAAGAACAAAAUAUGAGUUCAUCCCUUAGAACUGUAUUUUCAACCAUAAUAUUUAUUUUCUUUUUUUAAUAAGCAAGCAAGAAUGACUUAAUUAUAUAAGUAAAUGCAUAUUCUCAUAAAACCAAUGUAAGCCUCAAAUGUAAAGAAACAUUUUCUUCAUAUGAUCAAAAUGAAAAGCUAGACUGAUUUAUUAUAUACAAGUUGAAAUUCCUUGAUCAUGGAGAAAGAAAAAAAUAAUCAUGAAAAAAAAAGAACCAUGUUCAAAAAUGAAAACAAAAAAUUAUUCUUGUAAGAAAGUAGAUAUUUAAUCAAGAAAAAAAACAAAAACACUCUCGAAAUCUGACAAAUCACAGUACAGGAAGACGGACAACAUGUAAGAGAUAAAAAUUAAAUCCACUUUCUUUUGAGCAAUAUCAGUCUUACAUAUUGUCUUGAUUUUUGACAGUACGAUUUUAAAUCUCGAAAUUCUACCUAUUUAAAAAGGCGGGUUAGAUGAAUGUCGAAGGUGGCUAGUUUUUAAUAUAAUUAUUAGUCAUUGAUAACAAAUUAGUAUCAAUUACUUACUAUAAACUGUAAAAUAAUAGAUUUUUUUAAUAAAAAAGAAUGUAAAUUAUUACUUUCAAUUUGAAUGAACAAUUAGUUAUUUUUCUGUAAUUUAUUAACAAAAUAUUUUUUUAAAAAUUUCAAUUAAAAAUCACUAAUAGCUUAUUUAUAAAAAAAAAGAUAUGUUAAUCACUCAUGUCUAAAAAUUUAAACUGUUUGAUGUCUCACAUAACACCAAUAAGAGUUUCAAAAUAUAUAAUAGCUUUUAAAAAUAUCGUUAUUAUUGUCAAAUUCUGAAAAAAUGAAAUAAAAAAUGAGAAAGUUAUUUCUAUUAUUUAAGAUUAAUGCCAUGCAUGCACAAAUUACAGAUAAAAAAUUUAGUGUUAAAUUAAGUAAGAUAACACUAAAAUAAGUGUUAAAUUAAUAAGUAAGUAAGGUUAAGCAAAGCUUAAAUUAGUAAUUAUAUUAUUCAUCUUUCAGAAGGUUUAAACAUACUUCAUUUACUGAAAUACAUCAAAAUUUAUUUGUUUUACUAUGAUUUAGUAUGCUUUGUAUUUUCUAUGUACAUAAUGUGAAUCUCGAUUAAAAUUUCCCAUUCUCAGAAAAUGCUUUAUAAAUUUGAUGAAAUUUGGUAGCUGAAAAACUGAAAGUCAGCCUCUAAAAUAAAUAAAUAAAGCUAAAUUUAA